AUGGCGCCGCUAUCCGACUACCUCAGCUUCUACACCUCCAUGGCAAAAGCUAUGUUUACUAUCAUCUUCGCACGCCUUUACAAACCUCAGCGCCCUCCCCACCGCGAUCUGCAAGGCCAAACUGCGAUAGUGACAGGCGCGAACAGCGGCAUCGGUCUUUCGAUCGCAACUGCGCUAGCAAAACAAGGUGCAGUCGUGUAUCUCGCCUGCCGCAAUCUCGAAAAAGGCGAUGCAGCUGUGGCUUCCAUCGCUUCGCAACUCGGGUCCGAGGCUAGCAAAAGGUUGUUUUGCUGGAAACUCGAUGUUGGAGAUUUGGAGAGUGUACGUGUGUUUUGCGAGAGAUGGAAAGAGGAGGGCAAGAAGAUUGAUAUGCUUUGUCACAACGCUGGGAUAGCGGGGCCGCCUGAAGGUUCGAGGACUAAGGAUGAGAAAGGCCGCGACGUGGUUCUUGUCACGAACUUUCUGGGCAGCUUCUUGAUGACGAAUCUGCUCGAAGGAUAUCUAGGCGAGAAGGCAAGAGUUGUUUUUACGAGUAGUACUGGGCACUACGCCGCCGCAGAGACAUUGAUGCGCCCGAAUCUGGAAGCCGUGGCAUCAAAGACCACCAGUGAUGAGGGCGGCGUUGUGCAGAAGCUUCUGCACAAGACAAAAGCGUAUCUUGGUAUAGGAACGACUACCCUUCAAUCAUACGCGCUAUCAAAAGCACACCAAGUCCUCUUCGCCGCUCUUCUCCAGCGCCGCUUCGACUCCAGCCCAAAAAACCACCGUACAGCACAAGCAUUCAGUCCUGGGUAUGUCGCGGUGGAUACGGAUGAGGGCGCAAAGACUGGAGCCUGGCUGGCGAGUUGUGGUGGGGAGGAAGGGGUCGAAGGGGGAUAUUGGGAGUGGACGAGUAGAAGGAUGAGCCUUGUUGAGUUUGUGGAAAGGCAGCUUGGGGAGAAGGAGUGGAAGGUGCAAUGCGAGAAGGUUUGGAGAGGAUGGGAAGAGGAUAGUGGUUGUACUUGGGUCACAGUCAAGACUUGA